AACCCUAUCUCAAUGGGUUUGGAUUUCGGAUCUUGAAUCGUGCUGUAGUGGUUUUGGAUCCCGAUCGGAUCUUACAAGAUCCGACCCCAUUGAACUCACCCCUAUCUCCUCCUCCGUUCUCUAUCUCAACUGUUCCUUCCCCGAGUGUUCUCAAGCGCCACCGCUCUCAAAUGUUGCUCUCCCUCCCACACCCUCAUCCAUCCCUUCCCCUCCCCUCCAAAACCCCUAAACCCCUCAAACCCAACAUCCCCCGCUCCUCCCUCUCAACCCGACCCGAAACCGCCUCCACCUCCGCCAUCCAACGAAUCUCCGACAAGCUCCGCAGCCUCGGCUACCUCCCCCCUAACCCUAACCCUAACACUAACCCUAACCUCACCUCCGCCGGCGAGAUCUUCAUCCCUACCCCUCACGAGCUCCCCAAGCACCGCGUCGGCCACACGAUCGACUCCAGCUGGAGCUUGCCGGAGAAUCCAGUACCUGAGCCUGGAACUGGGAUUAGGAGGUUUCGAGAGCUAUGGAGAAUGGAGAAGGAGGAGGGAAGGGAGCUGAGGAGGAAGGAGAAGGAGGAGGGGAACAUGCCGACGGUGGCGGAGCUGACGAUUCCGGCGGCGGAGCUGAAGAGGCUGAGGAGGGUUGGGAUUAGGCUAGAGAAGAGGUUGAAGGUUGGAAAAGCUGGGAUUACGGAGGGGAUUGUGAACGGGAUCCAUGAACGGUGGAGGAGGUCAGAGUUGGUGAAGAUUAAGUGCGAGGAUCUUUGUAGGAUGAAUAUGAAGAGGACCCAUGAGAUUUUGGAGAGAAAAACCGGAGGAUUAGUUGUCUGGAGAUCUGGGAGUAUCAUAAUCCUGUAUAGAGGGCCUGAUUAUAAAUACCCUUACUUCAGCAAUGAGGAUCCCAACAUGAUUGAUGUAGCCCCCACAGAUCAAGACAAAUACCCUCUGUCCACAUCUUCACCUGAUUCAUUAGGUGCAUUGCCCAAUAAUUUACCUCAUUCUUCGUUAAUCAGUGGUGUAGGCUCUCCUAAUAAAGUUCGCCUGCAACUGCCAGGCGAAGUACAAUUGGAAGAAGAAACUGAUCAAUUAUUAGAUGGAUUGGGUCCACGAUUCGAUGAUUGGUGGGGUUACGAUCCCUUACCUGUUGAUGCUGAUCUAUUACCAGCUAUUGUUCCUGGUUUUCGCAAACCUUUCAGGCUUCUUCCAUUUGGUGUAAAGCCCAAACUAACAGAUCGGGAGAUGACCAUAUUACGAAGGCUUAGUCGGCCCUUACCAUGCCAUUUUGCACUUGGAAGAAAUAGGAACCUUCAGGGGUUGGCUGUUUCUAUGAUUAAAUUAUGGGAAAAAUGCGAGGUUGCCAAAAUUGCAGUUAAGAGAGGAGUACAGAAUACCAAUAGUGAGAUAAUGGUUGAAGAGUUAAAGAAAUUGACUGGGGGAGUUCUUCUUUCAAGGGAUUCGGAAUUCAUUGUGUUUUAUAGAGGGAAAGACUUUCUGCCGUCUGCAGUUUCCACUGCAAUAGAAGAGCGGAGAAAUUCUGAAGUUAGUAGACAGAAACAGGUCACUCAUGGUUCUUCCAUGGACGCUACAGGCAUCCCUCUGUUGAAGGUCGCAAGACCUGCUUCUGUUGACAAACUCCUGAAUUCAACUAGAGAAAUAAGACCUAUUACAAUCAAAAGUAGACAGAAACCAGCAAGUUUAGUUAUCAAACGCAUGGAGACCAAGUUGAUGCAGGCCUUAGAAAAGAAGGAAAAAGCAGAAAAACUUUUGGCGACACUGGAGGAAUCAGUUGAAACUUCUGGAGUAGAAUCUGACAAGGAGACCAUAACUAAAGAAGAGAGAUACAUGCUGCGGAAAGUAGGGUUGAGGAUGAAACCGUUUUUGCUGCUUGGUAGAAGAGGAGUUUUUGAUGGAACAGUUGAGAAUAUGCACCUUCACUGGAAAUAUCGGGAACUUGUAAAAAUAAUAUCGAAAGAUUGGUCCAUUGAACGUGUUGAAAGUGCUGCUAGGAUGCUAGAGGCUGAAAGUGGCGGUAUAUUGGUAGCUGUGGAGAGAGUGAACAAAGGCCAUGCCAUAAUCAUAUAUCGAGGAAAGAACUAUCGCAGACCUUCGGAUUUGAGGCCAAAGACACUUUUAAACAAGAAGGAAGCAAUGAAGCGUUCUCUAGAGGCUCAGCGUUGUGCGUCUUUGAAACUUCACGUGUUGAGCCUUUCCAGAAAUAUUGACCAUUUACGGGAUCAGAUGGCUAAGGAGCAAGCAGUUGAAGACGAAAUGCAGUUAACUGAGAGUGAUAAAUUAGACAUUGAUGAUGAAAGGAUUGAGCAUAGCUGGUCUGUGGAGAGAGACCAUGUGUCUGCUGGAUCUUCUCAUGAACAACAGAGCACUGAGGAAGUGAAUGAAGCUGCUGAAGAAUACUUGCACUUAAAUAAGAGUGAUUGUGUUCUGAAUGAGGAAGAAUCCUCCACAGUUACGUCAAACAAUGCUAUCAACUCCAUAUUUUCUUUGAAUCAUAGUCAGGAAAAUUGGUUAGCUCUCAAACAUGUAGAUCAGUUUAGUAAGAAUGAAAAUGUUCGGUUUGACAGUGAAUCCACAACUAGCACAAAUAUGUCCAACAAAGAGAAAGGAUGUAGCUCUAAUGAGCCCGGGUUCUACCCUGAGUCUUGUGCGCACCAAGAAGAGGUCCCAAUACCUGCCAUCAGCAAUGGAGAUGAAGAUGAAGCAGAGUUAUCCAUUGGGUCAGCAGGAGGCACACUGGACAAACAUGUUCAUGAGUAUAAGCUGAGAGAUGAUUCUGAUCUUGAAAUUCCCUUCAGAGCUGCUCCUCUCUCGAAUCGGGAAAGACUUGUUUUACGAAAACAAGCUCUCAAGAUGAGAAAACGUCCUGUGCUUGCUGUUGGAAGGAGCAAUAUUGUCACGGGCGUUGCAAAAACAAUUAAAACACAUUUUAAGAAGCAUCCCCUGGCCAUUGUGAAUAUCAAAGGAAGGGCCGAGGGAACUUCAGUCCAGGAAGUGAUCUUCCAACUAGAGCAAGCAACCGGUGCAGUGUUGGUAUCAAGAGAACCGAAUAAAGUUAUUCUAUACAGGGGUUGGGGAGAGGGAGAGACUGCUGGUGGCGAUCUGAAGAACAACGAUGAAGGGAAGGGAACGAAUGUUAAAGAAGAGAAGGUUUCUGCUAAGCUUAUGGAAGCCAUGAGAGUAGAAUGUGGUUUGUCAGUCAAUACAGUGGAAUAACAUACAUGUUCUGUAAAUUGUCACUAAUUCAUGCUCACAGAUCGAUUCAAUAGAUAAAAUUCAGUACAUAUUUUCUAAUCAGAUCUCUUUUUGAAUAUAAUGGAAUUGCACAGAGUAACAGUUCA